GGAACUUUAUGAAAACCGUAGGGAGUUUAAUACAAAUAAAGUGAAGUAGUAAUGCCCAAUUACAUGGAUGGCCCGGCCCGCUGCAAUUCUUUUAUCAGUCCAAGAGCAUGAGUAUACUACUGUACUUCUGCUUCUGAGUUCUGAUCCUUCAAUAUCAUCAUCAAAACUGAUUGACCGGCUUCUUUGUAUUUUCUCCCAUCUUUUUUGCUCUCAAAUUCAAUUCUCGAGCUGUUCGUUCAUCAGCAUCAGAGUAUAAACUAAGUUGAAUUGAUAAGUUUUUCUGUUGUUGUUUGGAGUUGGGCUCCCCUUUGUUCUUGAUAAGGAUGGAAAAUUUGAGUCUUGUUUCUUCACCUAAAUUGGUUCUGGGUCUGUCGCCAAACCACAAAAACCCAAUCCUUAUGAACAAACCCCUUUUGGGGUUUCCUAAAAACUUCAAUCCCAGAAAGCCGUCAGCUUUCCCUUCGCCGUUUUCUUGUCAGGGUGUUAGAAGAAGCGAAACCAUUGUGCUUGCAAAAUUAAAAGGAGAUCAUUUUGCCAGCAUUACAUCUUCAAAUGGCCAACAGACAACAUCAGUUGGUGCAAACCCACUACCUGUCCAACCUCCUUCUUCGCAAGUGUAAUUGUUGUUACUAUGUUAUGAUGUUUCUCAGCUGCUCCUUCUCAGCUUGUUUUCAAGUCUUUUGAUGCUUAUGAUUUUGUUUUUCAGUGCUGAUAACAAGUUUUAAAGUAUUUAUUGUUUGUCGGUUUCUUUAUGUAUCCAGGGGGUCUCCGUUGUUUUGGGUUGGAGUUGGUGUUGCGCUAUCGGCAGUAUUUUCAUGGGUAAACAUGAUCACAUACAUACUUUAAUGUAGUUUUCUGCUCGGUUAAAGUUCUGUCAUCUCUACAUUCUCUGACUUGUUGAAUGUAAUUAUAGGUUGCAGCAAGAUUAAAGGUGAGUUUGAAUAUCAUGAGGUACAUGUGUUUUUCGUUUUAUAAUGAAUGAAAAAGUAAUUAAAUUCUCUUACUCUCCUGAGGUAAUAAGCGUAAGUUAAAUAAGCAGUAUCUUGUACGUGAUUCUGUAAUUUGCUUGCGUUUGGACGUUGAAUAGGCGAGCAGGUGUAUCCAGCUUGUUAAUAUUUUCAGGAAGCAAAUAGUAUCCAGUUUUAGAGAAGGAAUCACUAAACAGACAUACUCUGGAAGUCAGAAUCUAGAUACACUAGUAAAAAUGAUCUGUUGUGAAGGCAGAAUGACUCAUUUAAUUGAUUACAAGUCAUUGGAAUUAGGGUUUUUUAAUGUGUAUGUGCUGUUCGGAAGAGGUUCAACUCUGUUGACCUUGGUACAUGUUGAUUGAAGAAAGCAUUUCAUCUCCUAGAAUGUAGUGAUUUGCUAUCUUUGACAGACUCGUACAAGUAUUAUAUGGUUUCUGAAAAAGAAGCACAAAAUGGAUAUGAAAGACCUCCCACAAAAAGGAAAGAAGAUAUACUAGGAAAAUAUGAGUUGCUGUUAGGGCAGAUAAUAUAUUUGUACUCUUAUCAAAUUGAUAGAAUUCAAUGGAAUUUUACUAAUGCGUGCAGAGUAGAGUUUGGAAAAGGGUUAAUUCGUUGGUUUGUGGUACACGUUGAUGUAAGAAAGCUUUUUAUCUCCCAGAAUGCAGUGACAUACUUAUUUUUGACGAGAACCAUUUUGGCCAUUGUGGCUUUCUUGUGACCAAAGCUGCAACUUCUUCUUCUUCUCCCCCCUACCCACCCACCAAAAAAAAUGAAAAAAAAGGAAGCAAUUUUUUAAACAACAAGAAAUAAAUUUGCUGUGAGAUCCAAGGACAUCUCUGCACAUUCUUUUACUAUAAUCAAGUUCUCAUUUUUCAGAAAUAUGCUAUGCAACAAGCUUUCAAGACAAUGAUGGGACAGAUGAGUACCCAAAAUAAUCAAUUUAGCAAUGCUGCUUUUUCUCCAAAUUCGCCUUUUCCUUUUGCAACUACACCAUCAGCUACUACUCCAGCCUCGCCACCGCCAACAUCAACUCAAUCAGCCACUGUUGAUGUCGCUGCCACCAAAGUUGAGGAGCCUCCAGCUACGGACAUCAAAGAUGAUUCAGAACCCAGGAAGCAACCUAAAAAAUUUGCUUUUGUAGAUGUUUCCCCUGCUGAAACUUUCCAGAAGAGUGCUUUUGAAAGCUACAAGGAAUCUGCUGAGGCUGACUCAUCAAAGGAUACAGUUACUUCUGAUAAUGUAUCUGCAAAUGGUGCUGCUUUUAAAUCAGAAGAAAGUGCCUCUCAGGCUUCAUCCUCAAGUGGGAAAGCAAAUUCUCCAUUGUCUGUGGAAGCUUUGGAGAAAAUGUUGGAAGAUCCGACAGUGCAGAAAAUGGUGUACCCCUACCUGCCUGAGGAGAUGAGGAACCCUUCUUCUUUCAAGUGGAUGCUACAAAAUCCCAUGUACCGUCAGCAAUUGCAAGAGAUGUUGAACAAUAUGGGGGGAAGUCCUGAUUGGGAUAGCCGCAUGCUCGAUAACUUGAAAAAUUUUGAUCUAAACAGUCCUGAGAUCAAGCAACAGUUUGACCAAAUAGGGCUUACUCCUGAGGAAGUCAUUUCCAAGAUUAUGGCCAAUCCUGAUGUUGCCAUGGCAUUUCAAAAUCCGAGAGUUCAAGCAGCAAUCAUGGAUUGCUCCCAGAAUCCGCUAAGCAUCACCAAGUAUCAAAAUGACAAGGAGGUUAUGGAUGUUUUUAACAAGAUAUCUGAACUAUUCCCUGGGACAACGGGCUUUUGAUAAUUCUCGGUGCACUUGUGUCUGGUAAUGAGUUAGGUUGCUAGCAUGGAGCAACUAAGAGUCUAGGAAUCAUAUUUCAGCUCAGAGAACAUAUAGCUUCUCAUUCUCUAAUUACAAAGAUAGAAGGAAUGAGUACAAAGUAGAUCAUCAACUUUUACCGCCGGGAAUUUUUUUGUGUAGUAUAUCUUGUUUCUUGUCUGGCAAUGAGAUUAUUUAUCUUCUGAAGCUCUUUAAAUUAGUGGGUCAUUUUGAGCUGAUGUCUGCUGUAAAUUUUGAUGAAUCUUGGCCAUUUGGUAAUUUUUGUUAGUAUACUGGUUACAGAAGUGAGUAUGCAAAGCUUUUGGCUUGGGGAUGAUUUGUAGCUUUGGUUUGGUAUGUUUUAGAACGUUUUUUGUGGUCUUAAUUUUAAAAGAACAAUGAUGAAAACUAGUGAAAGCACAGAAAAUAACAUAAAC